AUGCCUCGUCUCGGUACCGUCAAGAAGCGUGGUACCGCCAAAAAGGCCAAGAAGGUCACCAUUUCUGCCAAAUCUACCAAAUCUGCCAAAUCGACUUCUACCCAAUCUCCGACUGAUGAUCCCGCCGUCGAUCCCGACACUGCAGUCAAAGCUGAACCUGAACCCGAGCCCGAACCGGAGAAUCCGAUUCAGGUCGACCUGCAUGACAAGCUCGUCGUCCUCGACUUGGUUCGUGGGUGGGAGAUCGGACAGGCCCUCCGAAGCAAGACAAAAGAAACUCCCUACAGGACCCGAUACAAUUACUAUGGCGAGGCAUACUCAUUCAAGAAUGCUCAGGAGAUGCUGGACGAUGCCAAGCCGAUGGAUCUGAAGGACGCCACCAUGCUGUGGACCUCUCUCUUACACAACUCGAGCUUGAAUUGGAAUGGACGUAGGGGAGUGAAGAAGGAUUACAAGCGAUGGACUUUCAAGCAUUGGGCGGGUAGAAACAGAGGUCCCACGUCAUUGACGGUGGAUGCGAGAGGGAGCGAGCACAAGCAGAGGAUCGUCUCGGUCCAGAGAAGAUUGCAAACCCUCGAGGUAUCGGCGGCCAACCAAUGGUACAUCCGAUCCUACGGUCGUAUCGCCGAAUGCUACUUCAUCCACAAUCCUGAACCAAACAACGUCGAACUGUCCAACGAAUGGUACACCUACAACAACGAUUUUACCGACGAAAAGCGACGUCUCCGACAAGUAUACGGUCCCAGGGUCAUCGACAUGUCCAACGAGAACGGCAAGGCCUUGCUCGACUUCGUCUUCGGUGAUGUCGCUGUGAGCCGAUACGUACCCAGCGAGAUCGGACUGCCCAGGCAUUGGUCGAUCUACUGCUCCUCUCUCGUCGAGCAACCCGCUUUCGAAGUGGUCUUGCAGGAAAAGAAGAUUUCCAAGUACACCUUGGAGAAACAGGCUCGAGACAAGGCAUACAAGGAAGAGCUUGAAGUGUACUAUGCAAAGUGCCGCGAGGAAGCGGCGGCCAGGCUUGCGGCGACGAACGGACAAACCGGGACCAACCCAGGUAUUGUCGGCUCUGAGGAGAACGAAGCCGGACCAUCCGCCGAUCAGACCGAAACCAACCCUGUCGUUGACAGUGAGGCGAACAAAUCAGCCUUGCCCUCUGCGCACGCUCAGGACGGUGACGAGACCAGCGAUGCUUACUUUACGCCUGACGAAGAUGAAGACGAUGAUGAUGACGAAAAGAAGGACAUCGGCAAGAAACGCAAAAGAGGUCGACCCACUCCAGACGAUUCCGAACUCACUGGCGAAGACGAUGCCUAG